AUGACUUCUCAUGAAAUCAUCGAAGUUGUAGGAUCCCCAAAUUCGAACCGCGAUCCUUCCCUUUGGCGGAAUCCUUUGCAUUAUGUUUGUUCAACUGCCAAAGAAAGAGCUUUGCAUAUAAAGGAGAAUGUCUCCCUAUCGGAAUUAAGUGGUAGUCUAGGCGACCUGGGUACCUUACUCCCAAUCUUGGUAGCUCUUUCAAUUACCGGGCAAGUGUCUUUGACAGCAUCGCUUAUAUUCGGGGGAUUGUGGAAUAUCACGAGUGGUUUGAUGUUUCGAAUACCCAUGUGUGUUCAACCCAUGAAAGCUGUUGCAGCGGUGGCAAUUUCGGCACAUCUAACAAUUGGUGAAGUCAUGUCGGCAGGUCUUGGCGUUGGAUUUAUGAUAUUUGCUCUCGGUAUCACUAGAACUAUCAAGAUCGUUGAGAAGUUUACACCCAUUCCAAUAAUCAGAGGUAUCCAACUGGGAGCGGGCAUAACGCUGAUCAUAAAGGCUGCUGAUAUGGUUCGAAAAAACGGUAGUUGGGGUGGUACUUUUUGGAAAUGGAAUGAUAAUUAUGAAUGGGCUCUUCUAGCCUUUAUAUUCGUAUUUGUCUUCUAUUCGUCCAAAAGAAUACCGACUGCAUUAAUACUGUUCAUUUUGGGGCUAACAUUCGCCUUGGUAAAAGUCUUCAAAUCUGACACGACGCCACCAUCAGUCUCAUUUAACUAUCCCACAACUGUUGUUCCAACUCUGCAAGAAUUUAAAACUGGAUUUCUCAAUGCAGCUCUUGGACAACUUCCAUUGACAGCUCUCAACUCUGUUAUCGCGUUGGCGGCGUUGGCUAAUGAUUUGUUCCCGGAACGGUCCUCAUUGAACACUGUUGAAAAAAUCUCAGUCUCUGUCGGUCUUAUGAACAUUAUUGGGUGUUUUUUCGGAUCUAUUCCAUAUUGUCAUGGAUCAGGUGGACUAGCUGGUCAAUAUCGUUUCGGCGCGAGAUCCGAAGUCAGCGUUUUAUUUCUUGGAUUGUUCAAGUUGAUUCUGGGAAUUUUGUUUGGAAGGACUUUAACCAGUCUUUUAGGAUUCUUCCCCUAUUCACUUCUCGGUGUAAUGCUCUUCGUCUCUGGAGCGGAAUUGGCCUGUGCAGCACGAAAUUUCAUGACCUCUUGUGAUGACAAUGACGACGACGAGACGAACAAGAAGAAUUUUACCCUUGUUAUCGUAACGGCAGGAUUAUUGGUCGGUUUCCAAAAUGAUGGAAUUGGAUAUGUUGGUGGUAUGCUGGUUAGUCUUUUAUUUUAUCUUGUUCGCUCAUUGAUACCGAACGCUACUAGUAACGGUAAUACAGCGACAACGGAGCAGCUUAAAAAUUGA